AUGUGGUCUUGUUUUUACAAGUGCCCUUGCUGCGUUCGCUUCCGCGGCGAAUCACAAACGCCACUCGAAAAUUUCUAUGAGGACGAUGAUAACUUGGAAUUCGAACGCUUGCUUCCUUAUCAAGAUAGCACUUCUCUUUCAGCCCUCUUGUCACGUAACCCAUUUCCUCGGGCGACCAACUCACCAAACUACUUUGGUCAGCAUAUGACGCUGCCUAAUGAGGAAGCCACAGCUGCAAACCGUUUGUUAUUGGAAGACGAUGAAAAUUUGCAAGACGCCCAAUUAUUACCGGACGGGCAAAUUAGUAAAUUUACAGAGCUGAUAAGCGAGCAGGUAAGAAACCCCGAAAUCCAUCCUAUACUAGUUGAGGGAAUGUUAGAAUGUGAUGGACCAGAUCGAUGUUCACUCCCACCGUCAACGAGGGGUAGAUUUAAUGAGGUUACCGAUGCCCAAUUGAUUGAAGAGGAGGAAGAUGCCCGACGUCAAGAAGAGGAAGAGAUUGAGCGAAAACGUCAAGCCGCUACGCAGAGCGCUCUUGCAAAAGGUUUGAUAUCGCCGGAGCAGUUGGCUACCAACAACAAAAAUGUUUUCUUCACCAUUGAAGGCGACGACGAAGCAGAUUCAUCAUCCAAUACUGCCUACUCGAUGAACGUGGACGAGGAUUUCUCAACGACCGCAAGCAAUAAGACUACACCCGAACACGAUUCGGAACCACCAAUUUCAUCUUUAAACAAGCCCCGUAAUCCGCACGAACGAUUUCUUUCCAAAGACGUAAAUCUUGAAGAUUAUGAUGACGUAAACGACUUCGAAGACAUAUCAAAUUACGAUCAACGAUCCCCUAACAUCCUUCUCGACCGAUACCAUUCAAGAAGGAGCAUAAUACGCGACAACCAGCGAAAGAUAGAAGAAGAUUAUUCCCCAUUUUCCGUUAGCAUACUACGAUCCGACGAUUAUGAAGAAUAUUAUAGUCCAACUGUAGGUGAUGUAGGUGACGAGGAAAUUAAUCCAUUUGCAAAUGUUUUACCUGACUUUUCGGAGAGAGUGAGCAGAUUUUUUGAUAGGCUCGCCAAUUCUAUGAAUGUACAUAAUAAAUCAAAAGAGGUGGAUGAUGAAAAUAUUAACCUUAAUGACGAUCUAGGUGUGAGCAAAGAUAAUAAUAACCGCAGCAAGAAAUUGUUAACAUUUGUGACUGAACCAGAAGAUUAUCGAGUGGGAUCAUCUUCAUCUAAUGAAAAUAGAAACAUUAAUGGUACGGGCGUUCGUAAAGGAUCAUUAAAAUUGAUUAAUAGGUUGACAGGUUUGCCCAUUGAGAGACCUCCUACUAACGAAUCAAACAGCUAG